AUGCAUGUUAGCGGGUCUCGUUAUGCACCUAAAGUAUCAUUUUCGCCAGGACCCAAUCGAUCUGACAAUGCCUCAUCAUACCGAACGACAAUUCUCGAUCCAAAUAGUAAUCGGAUUACUCUUUUCGGUGGACAACCGACAUCAGCCGGUACUUUUCUUUAUCAAUCGGGUACUAGUCAAGGAAACCAACGUUUCGCUGGCGGUCGUGGAAGUCGUAAACUAGAACAAUUUCAUGGUUCGAUUUAUGAAUCGAAUGGUGGCCACUGGACCUUAGAACCAUUUUUUCUUGGUGAACAUCCACAGGAUGAUCGAACCAUGCACUAUGCACUCCUACUUUCUACCUCGCAAGUUCUCAUCAUCAAUGGCGCAAACUAUGACUUUUACGGAUCAAUUCAUUAUCCGAUUUUAUUAACACCACAAUUUGAUAAAGUCAGUGGUGCAUUUCUCGGCUACACUAAGAAGCGCAUGAACGAAGGUGUUGAAGCUCGUCUUUAUCAUAAUGUCGCUCUACUAUUACCGGAUGGUCGUGUGUGCAUUUCUGGUGGAGGAUCAGCUCGUGCUACAAUUCAUUAUACGCCCUUAGCCGAAAAACCUCUUUCUGAAUAUAAUACUAGUUCAUAUAAACAACCAUUGCCUGACACUUCCAAUAUUGACUUAAACGUAGAAAUGUUCGACGAUGGCCGAUUGGCGAAAAAUUCACGUGGUUCCCUCAGUGUUCCUACUGAAACAUGGGUAGCAGAAAUUUUCAGUCCUCCGUAUCUGUUCAUCGACGGCAAACGAUGA